CGCUCGCCACGCCGCCGGGCCUGCAGCUCCCGCAAGCUGCGGGGUUGGGCAGCAGCCUUGGGCCCCGGGACUGGCGUCCUCCUGCACCUCAGAGCGCAAAGGUCACCACAAGGAGGGAUUCUGGAUGGCUGGCUGCUGGAAGCCCAUCGCCGUAGCCGGCUCUUCUUCAAUACAGAAGGACGUAGACUGGCAUUGAGUAAUGAGAAUUUUGAAACCACACCUGAGAAGUCCUUCCAUCCAGUGCUACUUAUGUCUACUUUUAAACAGUCAUUUUUUAACUGAGGCUGGCAUUCAUGUCUUCAUUUUGGGCUGUGUCAGCGCGGCUCUUCCCGAAACAGAGGCCAACUGGGAUGAUGUAAGACGUGAUCUGGAAAAAAUCAAGGGACUUAUUCAAUCUAUACACAUUGAUGCUACUUUAUAUACCGAGAGUGAUGUUGAUCCCAGUUGCAAAGUCACAGCGAUGAACUGCUUCCUGCUGGAGUUGCAAGUUAUUGUGCAUGAAUCUAGAAACGAGACCAUUCAUGAGACAAUAAACAACGUCCGCGUCCUGGCCAACAUCAGCCUGUCUUCUAAUGGGAACAUCACCGAAUCUGGAUGCCGAGCAUGCGAGGAGCUGGAGGAGAAAAACAUUAACGAAUUUCUGCAGAGCUUCGUGCGUGUUGUCCAAAUGUUCAUCCACCCUUCUUGAUUGCCGGGGCUCCUCGUCGGUGCUUCCGCGAUUAGCGAGCAUCUUCCCGCUGUGGAGAGGCCGCGGCCUGCUCUGUGCUUGGACGGUGCUCCCAGAACCAGUCCUCCCGGCAAGGAAAUGACCAGGACUGGGCACCCUAAGACUGCUUAGGGAGGGAGACCGAAGACUAUCUGAGUAACGUGCGGGCUAGGAGCUUUUCUCAGACUUAGGUUGCCCCUUUGUGUUUAAUUUAUUAUCGACGUUUUGUGUGUUUGUGUUUGUAAUAUAUUAUAAAGAUGUUGAAUAAAAUGAUACCUGUCUUAUC